AUGAGAAAUAGUUGCAAGUUCCUUAUUUUUGUAGGAUUAGCUAGUAUUGAAAGAUCAGCACAAGAGGAAACAUUUUUACAGCUUUUUAAUGCGGCACUUUCAAAUCUUGUACUCUUUAAAAGCAAUUUUGCAGUUAGCAGAGAUAUUUCUUCCAUGUUCCAACGUUUCCAAGAUGGAGCAAAAUAUUUUGGAGAUGAUACUGAUAUAUUUCAAGCAUGUUUUUGUAUAGUUAUUAAAGAUGUCGUAGUAGAUGACAGAGAAGGAGUCAUUAAAGAAUAUCAUUCAAAAUUUGCAAACAUUGUUAAUGAAGAAGAGGAAGAUAACUUCAUAUCAAAACUAUAUCACAACAAUAUGUCGAUAGUUGCUUGGCCAGUAUUUACUGACCCAACAUUUUACACUUCGCUUGAGGAAUUCAAAAUUAUACUCGAUGAACAAGAAUCCAAAUAUAAGAAUGCACGAAUGUUUUUAGAAAAGGCAAAGGUGCAAGCGUGUGACUGGGGAAGUGUCAAAGCUUCAUUGAUGACUAUUAGAACGUUAGAGUUGAAAAAGUUUCUCAAUAAUGCUAUAUCAUUUGGAUAUGAACAAAAGAGUGAUAAUCAAUUUCAAGAUAAAAAUAAACUUACAAAAUAUCUUACAAACCGAGAUGAUGGAACUUCAAUUCCUGACAAUGAUGUUUUCCUCUCUGAAAUCUUCGAUCAUAUUAAUGACUCAACCAAAAUAGUUCAUGAUACCGAACUUAUAUUAUUCGAAGAGAAUGGGAAUUUUGUUGAAAUUUCGUUUAUUCCUAUCGAGGUCCACCGACGAGUAUUGGAUUAUUUAAUUAUUAUUAAUUUGAGCGGUCUUAAAGUUAAGAUUAGAGAUUUACGAAAAUUUUUUGAGGAAAAAGUUUAUGCUCGUGGAUCAGUUCCAGAUUCUGAAUGGGUGACCAAUCUAGAUAAAUUUCUGAAAUUUAUUGUCGAUCGCCGAAUAAAAAGGGUAAACGAAUGGUUUGAAAAGAAUCUUGUAAGAUUCUCUAAAGAAAAUAAUGAAGUUAUCAUUAUCAACUUUGCCCUUGAACGUGAAAUCAACCGUCUCAAUUUAUUCUGGGAUAUUUGCCGCCUUAAAUGUCAUGAAUGCGGCUUAUCCUGUCUCAAAACUAGUCGACAUGACGAUAACCCAGACGAUGCAAGCCAUGACUGUCUAACCGAUCAUGAAUGCCAUCAUGAAUGUGAAUUCAAAGAAAAUCAUCCUGAUGGAAUCAUUCCAAUUUGUGAGCACUUUGCCGCGCAUGAUGGAAAACAUAAAUGCUCAUUUUUACAUUUAUGUGGUGCCCCUUGUAUUUAUGCUGGAAAAAAAAAUUGUCAAAGAGAAGAGCAUGAUUGUCAAGAGAAAUGCGAGGAAGAUGGGAUAUGUAAAAUAGUGACAGAACCAACAGCAAUUGAAGCCGAAUAUGUAAACAGAUUGCCUUGUUGUGUAAAAAUUCCGCCAUAUAAAUUUGAACAUAUUGGACAAAAGCAUGUUCAUGAAAUAAAAAAGCCUCACAAGUGUAAUUCAGGAUGUCCAAACGAUGAUAAGCAUAUUAUUGAACAAGAAAACAAGCAAAAUUUUCAUUUUUGUGAUGAAAAAUGUCCAUAUUGUGCUUAUUAUUGUACAAUGCCUUAUGGACACGAAAAAGUGGAUAAUAGUAAACAUUGUCAUCGAUUAACUGUUGGUGACCAAGGAGAUUUCGUUUUGUGUCAUAAAUUAUGUGAAAAUGCUGGGCGUCAUCGUCAUAUAGAUUAUUGCAAAACUCCAGACGUUUGUAAAUCUGGUAUAACCAAAACACAAAUUAGCCCCAAUCCAUUAAAAGAAAAAGAUUAUGUAUCACAUUGUAUUUUUUGGGAACGAACAGGAUUUAGAGAUCCUUAUUCUGUAAAUGACCUUGAAGAAUUCAAAAAAUGUGACCAUCAAUGCGUUGAUGAAAAACAUGAUAACAAAGAAAAAUCUUAUUGUACACAAAAAAUUUUUCACCCUAGCUUGGAUCAUAAGUCCGAAACUAUUCCAGAUGAUACUGGUUAUAUUUCAGUUGAUGGACAUCAUGUUUCAUGCGAAAGUCCAUCAAAAAUUUUCGGAAAUUUUCAUAUUAUAUUUGUGGUAGACAGAAGUUAUUCAAUGAGUUCUGAUGAUUGCAAACCAAAAUGUGACAACUCUAAGUUAAUAGGUUUGAAAGAUAAUCAUAAUAACCGGCUUGGAGCUGUUAUAGAAUCAGUAUUUACAUUUAUCGAAACUAGAAAAAAUUCACGAAAAUCAACACGAGUUGGACAAAUGGCAACUGAUCGAGAUACCGUAUCACUUGUUCUUUUUAAUCAUUAUGCUACCGCUAUAUUCGAAAAUAGAAGUUUAUCACAUUCAGAAGACCUUUUGGAGGAGAUGAUGAAGUAUUCUGCAGAUGGUUCUACAGAUUUUGCAGAAGGGAUCAAAUGCGCCUCAGGUCUAAUCAAGAAAUAUCAUGAUCCUUUAAAGUAA